CAUUGUUCUGUUUCUCGCUCGCAAUUCUGCGCGACAAAGAUGUCCCUCCUCGGUCCCGCCGUCUCAUGGGCUGCGUUAGGAGGCUUACUUCUGCUAUUGUGGAAGUUGGCACGAAACUAUGUUUUGCCAUCACCACUAGAUAAUAUACCUGGCCCGGCGCCGCCGUCGACGCUCAAAGGUAAUAUUGUCCAGUUACAGAACCGCGGUGCUUGGCAAUACUUGGACAGUCUCACAAACAACUACGGACAGGUCGUGAAGUGCACCGGCCUCCUCGGGAGACGCGUACUAUGGGUCUUUGAUCCGAAGGCUUUGCAUCAUGUUGUUGUCAAAGAUCAAGACGUCUAUGAGGAGGCGCCAUCAUCUCUUACCAUACGCAGACUGACCACUGGCCCUGGCCUGCUGUCGACGCUUGGCGAGCACCAUCGUCGGCAACGCAAGCUACUGAAUCCCGUAUUCUCCAUCGCACAUAUGCGCAGAUUGACGCCGCUAUUUUACGAAGUGGUAAAUCGCCUUCGCACAGGUAUUCAGACAGAGCUUGGUGCUUCUCCAGCCGGAGAGGUGGACGUUCUUAACUGGAUGGGCCGCACGGCGCUGGAGCUCAUUGGCCAAGGCGGCUUCGGCCAUUCGUUCGAUCCGCUGGUCGAGAACGUCGAGAACGAUUACGCGAACGCCAUCAAAAGUUUUGUCCCGACGUCGUCCAGCCUCGCUUCAAGCUUCCGCAUGCUGACACCGCUCAUCAUAUUUCUCAUGGGCCUCUCCCAACGCCGCCCUGCCAUCGGGACAUUUAUCAAGAGAUGUUUCCAUCUCGUGCCACACGCUGGCAUGCAGCACAUGAAGUACAUUCUAGAUGUCUUGGAUAGCACUUCCCGGAAGAUUGUCAGGGAGAAGGGGAUCGCACUCGAAAGCAACGACGCGGAGCUGAAGAUGCGGAUUUUGGAGGGCCGUGACUUGAUGAGUGUCAUGCUGCGGGAGAACAUGAAUGCGGACGCUGCGGACAGGCUUCCGGACGAAGAGAUCAUUGCGCAGGUCACGACAUUCACGUUCGCUGGUACGGACACCACCUCGAACGCGAUUGCGCGGAUUCUGCACCUGCUGUGCCUCCACCCCGACGUGCAGGAACGGCUACGCGCAGAGCUGAUCGAAGCUCGCUCCCAGAACGGUGGCCAGGACUUCGAGUACGACGAGCUCGUGAGCUUGCCCUACCUGGACGCCGUCUGCAGAGAAACUCUGCGCCUCUACCCCCCGGUUACGUUUACCUCCCGCGAGAACGUGCGCGACGUCGUUAUGCCGCUCAGCACGCCACUCACCUUGCGCGAUGGCACGUCGACAACCUUCAUCCAUGUCCCGAAGGGCACCUCAAUCCUCAUCGGUAUAUACUCAUCGAACCGCAACAAGGAGGUCUGGGGCGACGACGCGUGCGAGUGGAAGCCCGAGCGGUGGCUCGACGGCAAGCUCCCCGAGUCGGUGGCAGACGCGAAGAUCCCCGGGGUAUACUCUAACCUGAUGACGUUUAUCGGCGGCGGCCGGGCAUGCAUCGGCUUCAAGUUCUCGCAGCUCGAAAUGAAGGUCGUGCUGGCGAUGCUGGUCGCAUCCUUCCGGCUAUCGCUCUGCGCGGGCAAGAACGGCGAUAUAUUUUGGAACCGCGCAGGUAUCGCGUAUCCGACCGUGGGCCCGGACGGCAAGAAAGCGAGCCUGCCCCUGAAGGUCGAGCUGCUAGAGACGUAGCUGGCGCGCAGAAUUCUUGCGUGUCUUUGAGGCCGAAGUUUUAGUUCUUACUCCGUAAGUGUCGAGGCUUGGUGUGUGUGCACUACUAUCAAUUCCAUGCUGUUACAUCUCGCGUUGCGGAAACAUGCACAAGCUGAAAGCGGUCACUUCUGAAGCGAGCCCGCUCAGCGCCUCGCAGCGGCUGAUAUACCCUCUCUACGCCGCGGUCGCAGGCGUGCCUUUCUGUUUUCUAUUACCCCAGCCACUUAUCCACGUUUCUGUGUGCUUCCACCAUUCCUUCAACAGACGAUUCUUCCCUGCAGAAUGACGAGCUUCUUGCCUAGAGCCAUCUUAUUCUCGUUUGUUUCUCCCAUUUCUUAUCGUCGUUAUCCC